GGGGAAAACCCAGAUUUUAAAUUCAGUAUACGUAUUCAUGCAACCGAUAAGAAACAUGCUCAGAUGGGCACCUUCCAGUACAAUAAACAAACAGGAAAGCGUGUGAUUUAAUAAAACUUAGACAUGCAAAAAAAAUGACGCUGGGUGGGGAUGGCCUUGUUGCUUCCACUGCCUCCCUUUCGCCCUCGGCACCUGAAAUGGGUAUUAAAGUGCGAGCCAAGAUUAAUUUGUGAUAUGUGCACUUUCAACCUGUUGGCUGUGACAUUAAAAAUCAGUCCCCUCAUCCGUUCUGAACGAAGGAAGCAGGGGCGGAUCUUUCAGGUGGGCCGUCAUAGAUGGUAACUAGUCCAGGCCCGUUCACAAUUUUUGCGACAACUUAAAGUGCCUUGAUUGUUAUCUCGCCAUUACACAUCUUCAGUUCUCCCUUUGGAUAGUUACUCCUCCAGCUUCCGGAAGAUGUGGGACUAUGAUGGCAGCGUGGCCUUCCUGGGAACGUGGGGUCGCUUCCAGUUCUUGGUUUUUUUUCUGCUCUGCUCCACCGCCUUGCCAAAUGGUACAGGCUCCUUCUCACUGGUCUUCGUAACGGACACGCCCCAGCACCGAUGCCGGAUCCCUGAAGCCAACCUCAGCCAAGAGUGGCGGCAGGCGGCGAUCCCACUGGAGGUGGUGGACGGGGAGCCCCAGGCAAGCCGCUGUCGUCGCUACAGGUUGGACGUGCUCCGCAAGCUUUCAGCCGGGGGGCUGCUGCCGGGCCGCGACGUCAACGUGAGUAGUCUGGAGCAGGAGGACUGUGCAGACGGCUGGGUCUAUAGCACCGAGGUCUACCACUCCACUGUGGUCUCCCAGUUCGACUUGGUGUGCGCUCAGCGUUGGAAGCAACCCUUGACCGCCACCAUUUUCUUCCUGGGGGUCCUGGUGGGAUCCUUUUUCUCCGGAUUGCUUGCUGACAGGUUUGGCCGAAAACCGGUGCUGUUCGCCACCAUCGUAAUUCAGGCCGUGUUCUCAGUGGCACAGAUUGCAGCUCCGUCCUGGGAGGUUUUCUGCUUUCUUCUCUUCUGCAAUGGCCUUGGCAAUAUCUCCAACUAUGUGUCCUGCUACGUGCUGGGCACAGAAAUCCUCACGGGCAACGCUCGCGUGUUUUACUCUUCGAUGGGGGUGUGUCUGGGCUUCGCCUUUGGUUACAUGACGUUGCCGCUCUUCGCCUACUUUCUGCGGAGCUGGAAGACGCUGCUGCUAGCCGUUGGGCUUCCCGGCCUCUUCUACAUCCCCAUGUGGUGGAUCCUCCCAGAGUCUCCAAUGUGGCUGCUGUCUCAAGGCCGAGUGACAGAAGCCGAGGCCAUCGUGAAAAAAGCCGCCAUCAUGAACCGAGUGGUCGCACCCGAGAAGAUCUUCAGCGGUGUCAAGUUGCAUACGGAUGAGGAGAAGCCAGCAAAGUCCUCCGCUCUUUUGGAGCUGGUGAAGAAAAGACGCCUCGCUAUCACGCUCAUCCUUCUCUGCUGGGUGUGGUUCUCGCUGAGCGUCUGCUACUUCGGCCUGUCCCUGAACACGUCGCAGCUGCACUCGGAUCCGUACAUCAGCUGCUUCCUGUCUGCCGUGGUGGAGGUGCCGGCGUACCUGAGCUGCAGUUUGGCCAUCCGCUACCUGCCGCGACGGCUCGCCGUGGCGGUGGUCUUCCUCACCAUGGGCCUGGCGCUUUUCUCCAUUCAGCUGGUCCCUCGGAGUAUCCUGGGUUUGGCCGUUGCCUUGGAGAUGUUGGGUAAAUUUGGCGCCACGGCGGGAACAUCGCUGCUGUUCGCCUUCACGGCCGAGUUGUACCCGACGGGCCUGAGGAACACGGCAUCCGGGAUCUGCGUCAUGGUGUCGCGGACGGGAAGCUGCAUCGCGCCCUUUAUCAUACAGCUGAACAUCUACUUCAAGUAUUUGCCUUAUAUCACCUUGGGCACUCUGGCCAUGCUGUCAGUCCUGGCCACGCUCUUGCUGCCGGAGAGUUUUGGGCGACCGCUUCCUGAGACUCUUGAACAGAUGCCAAAGAGGAAACGAGUGACUCAUCUAUGCGAUUGCAGACGAGAAACCUUCGAUUCCACGAGCGUCUCCGGAAGCCUAUUGUGAAUAUCUCGAUUGCUGCGGAUUUUCCCGGCAAAUUAUACAAAUGCAUUUUCUGAUUAUAAUUAUUGUAUUAUGCGUUUAUUUUUCAUUUGAUAACAACUUGUAAUGUU